UUCAUUACUCACCUCCAUUGCUUCCUGCUCCUAGCUCCCUCCGUCUCUUUCUUGGUGUCUCAUCUUCUUGUGCGAGAGAUCACACGUUCCUUUCAUUCUUCAACCAAUUCGAUUCCAUCGAUGUCGUCUGCCCUCUCCUUACCGGCGACGGUGCGGCCGGCAUCCUCCGGGCUUGGGCGCCAGCUCUACGGGUCGCCGCCGCGCCACGGUCCAGUGCUGCGACCGAGGAGGCCGCAGGCGGAGCCAUGCCACGGUCUGCUGGCGCUGCGACCGAGGACGAGGCGCUGCGGCGCUUUCGGGCAGGACCACUACGGUGGCGCGCUGGUGGACGAGGGCAUGGCGGUGCUCCGGCGGAGGAUCCGAGAGGCGCGGAUGGCCGAGACCAACUACGAGGCGCCGGCGGGAUGGGCGGACUGGGAGAAGCGCUACUACCCGGCCUACGUCUCCGACGUGUCCGCGCUCGCCGGAGCGCUGCAGCUGCUGGCCAUGGGCACCAGGCCUGGCGUCGCUGCGGCCGUAGCCGCGCUGCUGUUCGCCGGCGUGCCGGUCUCCGCUCUCGCAGUCCUGCACUUCCUCGGUCAGGCGGCGGAAUCCGUUCUGCACCAUGUUUCUUGAUUGAUUCAUCAUUCAUUCGUACGCAGUGUGUGCUCUACGUGUCUCUAUAGUUUAUACAUAGACAAUGGAAAGGAGAUACCCAAUUCUCUAGGUCUAUGGACCAAACUGACCAUCCGCGUAAGUUUUGUGACCCUAUUUAUCCUCUUUUUUUGGCA